AUGAUGCCUGCCACACGCAAAAACAAGUGCAUCCAGAGUAUGACUAACUACCAGAGCGGCGUCGUCAAGUCGUGCCCUGGCUCGCAGUCGGACCACGCCGUGCUCGCGGUCGGCUACGGCACGCUCAGCGGCGUCAACCACUUCAAGAUCAAGAACUCGUGGGGCACGUCGUGGGGCGCCGGUGGCUACAUCUACUUGCAGCGCGGCGUCGGCAGCAACGGCAUGUGCAACGUCGCCGAGCACCCGUCAUACCCCAAGAUUAGCACGUCGCCGACGCCCACGUCGCAGAACCCGCCGACCAAGACACCCGCGCCAACGCCGGCGCCGACGGCGGACCAGUGCCACGGCUGCAGCCAGUGCUACUACCCGGCCGGUGACGGCUGCUACGACUUUGAUGCGGCGACGUGCGAAGAUCUGAGCGGCGACUACGGCACCAUCUGGUGCGGCAACUAGGCGUCUUGUGGUGCUUCGCCUCUGCUCUUUCGUUGGUGACUUGCGCAUAUCGAUGUCAUUGUC